CGCGGUGCACGUGACCAUAACAUUCGCGUUUGUCUAGCCAGCACGUCUGAGAGGGUGAAAUCACCCCUCUCCAUGCAAGCUGGUUUUUCAUACGCAUCAUACGGCAUACCCCACCAAAUGUCUUACGGAUAUCCUCAGCAGACUGGCGGUCUGACAGAACAGCAACUGCGCCAGAUUUACGCACUGCAACAGCCAUCAUACGGAGCGGCCGCUCAGGCUCCGUCGCUCUAUCAGCAGCAACCGCCAGGGCAGAACUCACAAUAUGUUCAGCCAGGUUCCAUUGCCUAUACUGCCACUCAAACACCAAAUGGCAUAAUGUACCAGCCAGUUGUCGCCCGAGAAGUCAGCGUCCAGACACGCCAGGGCCUAGUAAAAUCACUCCAGUACGUCCCAGCUGGACCACACCAAGGGCCCCAAGGACAACAGCCAGCCGCCGCCUAUCCACAGCCUGCGUCCUAUGGGGUUCAAGCGUCACACGUGUCCUACCCUUCCCAGGCGCAAGCGCUCGCUCCUGGUGCCAUGGGAAAUGUCCCUGGAGUAGCAUACGAUAUGCGCACGUAUGGUGAUGCUUUCAGUAACGGGUACCCAGGUGUUUCUCCGAAAGACCUAAAACGUGCGAUGAAGCAACGUGACAAGGAAGAAAGGGAAAGAAGGAAGUUGGAGGAACGAGCCGCGAAGAAGCAGCAGGAGUGGGCGAAAGGGAGUCAACAUCGCCUCAGGGCUGAGGGUGAAGAAUUGCGUCGUGCCAGAGAAAGAGAUCGGAGGGAAGAAUACGAGAAUCUUGAAGACCAUGAAGAUUCGUACCUUCGUGGCCGGCCGGACGCAGUGAGGUCGGGUGUACCAGGAGGUGCCUUUAACUUUGCAGGCGCAAUGGGCGACCUAAGCAUAAACGACGAGCCCCGUCGGCGAAAGAUGAGCACUGCAGGUCGCUCACGCCCCGGCAGUCCGAGCGGAAUUAAUUUCGGAGGCCCGCCAUUGCAGCCAUCUUAUGGCGCCACGUAUGGGCCUGGUGGGCCUGGCGGCUAUGUCCAAGAGCGUACCAUCAACGGUAUAGGCGCGCGCCCAGGAGAGAUUCCAGGAGGACCCUAUCCUGGCGCAAUGGGACCGGGAAUCGUCCCUGGCAUCCCUGGUGCGCCUGCAAUGGCCGGCAUGACUAAUGGAGUUGGUGUAAUGCCUGCUCCAGGGGGCGGAAUCAUGCCUGUUCCAGCUGAUCGUGCUAGGACACCGUAUGGAGGGCCCAAUGGUGGGUCCACUCGUUCUCAUCCCAACACACCUUCGCGUGUUCCUAUCUCUCAGAUGCCUCCUUCCCCUUCUAAUGCUGUCCCCACGUACGGUGGGGCCCCUUCAGGUGCAAGUCCAUACCCACGGCCCGGCGCUCUUCCCAACGGCGGCACGAUACCUGCUCCACUAUACCUUGACCCUGCGGGCCUCGCCGGAGGCGGUGUAGCGUACAGUCAAGCCCAUGCUUUCAGUCGAGAACCAAAUCCCGCACUCCCCUACGCUCCGUUCCCACGCUUCGAUAUUGUAACGGAUAUGGAUGAGCUCUUCGAACUCCUUCCCGAGGUUCCGCCGCUCCCCGCCGCCCUCGUUUCGCAUGACGUGUCGCGUGACGACUGGGCCAGAUAUAUGAGUGAUAUUAUAGCAGCUUGGCAGCCUAAUCCUCAAGCACGACUGGUGCAUCCUCCACAACGCGCUGCGAUUGUUAGCAGUCUGACUGACACCUGGAACGAGCAUUUCUUCCUUCGUCGUGGUCUUCACUUCAUCUUCGACUCUGUUCGAAUGCCGAGCCGUCAUCGAAGUGCCAGUCGCGGCAGUAGAGGCAGCAGAGCGAGGUACUCUGAUGAAUCGGAGUCGGACAACAAUGACUCUGAUGAACCUUCUGAGAGCGAAAAUGAGUUCGAUGGACCCGGGCUCCGUGUACCUGGGAGUCGUGCUGGAAGUCGUGCUGGAAGCCGUCCUGGAAGUCGUGCCGGAAGCCGCACGGGAAGUCAUAUGGGACGCCGGCCGAGAAGGCGUAAUGCUAUGUCGUAUUCUCUCACAGCGGAGUGUGUCCCAAUGCGUGGCAGAUCCGGCAUACCGUCCGCAAUGUCCGCCACUACACUUAUGCCGGGAGGCACUGUUAUGCCAAGCGGUGGGAUCGUUCCUGGUGGUGGUGGUGGUGGUGGUAUUGUACCGGGCAUGGUUCAUAUGGGUGGUGACCCCAGGUUGAGCGGUGCGCCUAUGGGUGUAGGUGGAAUGGUCGAUCCUCGGCUUGGUGCAGCGAUGGGAAACCCUCCUGCGACUUACCAAGGAAUGAACUUCCCUUAAAUCUGGCUAAGCAUUAGCCUAUCAAUGUAAUUUCUUCUUUGGUCUGUUUGAUUUCUCUUGGGUAUCCCUUUGCUCCAACUUGCCAAAUACUAGCGAGGGCCGCAAUCGCCUACCUCACGACUGUACAUGUAUCCAUCUACUCCUUAAUGACAUUGUUAUGUCCUCCUAAAAUACGAGGUUGUGCUUGAACCGAACGCAGCGGCUU